UGAUAAGAAGCCAAAGCGCACUGGUAUAAUGUAAAUGUUCCGUUUCAAAGAAAAUAAUUUCCCCCGUCUUUUCUGAUCACUGGCAUAGCGCGAACAUAUUUUUUCGCUGGUCCAGUGUGUCGUGCGAAUCCCUCUUUUCGUUCGACUAAACUGUUACUUGUCCGUCGUUUCGAUCGUAAAUUCAACGAAACAUGUAAGGAAUCAUAUUUUGACCACCAUAAAGUUUAUCUUUAUUUAUUGUUUGAACACAGUUAAUGUUUUAACGAAAUGGUGAGUGUUAUUGAGGAUUCUGAAGGCGAUGAUCAAGCUAAAUGCCUGGUGCGCAAAUUCAGCAACCCUCAUGACAAAUCUACUCAUAAUGAUGAAUUUGAAUGUUAUAUUGAUAAAAAUAAAACUGUUCGUCAGUUUGUUCACAUUGUUUCUCAAUAUUAUAAUUUGGAUGUCGAUUCGUUUUACCUUACAUUUAGUUCGUUCAAAGCAGAUUCUAAUUCUGAAAUCAUAACAGGGAAUAAGCCAAUUUUAGUAGAAGAUGAUGAUCGGUCUAUGUUUGAUAUUGGAUUGGUAUUUGGUGAAGGCAGUCAAAAUCGUUUUGUACUGUCAGAGAAUGAAAUUGAAGAAGAAGAAGAGGCUGAAUGUAUUAUACGCAUAUCUAAAGAUAUAAAAUCUUUUUCAAUACCUGUGACUAAAACUGAAACUGUAUCCCAAAUGUACCUUCGAGUACUUCAGUUAUGUCUACUUGAUGAUUUAAAUGUAGAUCAUUUUGUUUUGACAUUUAAUUCCUAUACAAUUGAUGCAACUGCUGAAUUAGUCAAACAAAGGAUAACAGAAGAAGAUACAAGAUUGCUAAGUGAGAUAGGUGUUGUGUUCCACAAAGGAGUGAAAAAUCGUUUUGAAUUAUCAUUGAGUGGUUCACCAGAUAAUAUGGAAAAUGAUAUUUCCUCAAAAUUGAGUUCUACUUCAGAUCAGAAAAUGGAAAGUCAAUAUUCCAAAAUUCAUCCUUCGGUUCGUCGAAAUGGUCUAGAUUCAUCUUCUGUUUUAGAAAAUAACAUUAUAGAACCAACAUCCACAAUGCCAAUGCUUGCUCUACCUUCAACUCGUAUGCUCUAUAACCAUUCAACUGAAAGAACUUUUACAGGAUACAGAGGUUUAGUAAACCAAGCAAUGACAUGCUACCUUAACAGUUUAUUACAGGCUUUGUAUAUGACACCAGAAUUUAGAAAUGCUUUGUACAAAUGGAAAUUUGAUUUUAAUAUUGACGAAUCAAAAUCAAUUCCAUUUCAACUUCAAAAAUUAUUUUUAAACUUACAAACUUCACCCCGGCACAGUAUUGAAACAACAGAACUUACACGUAGUUUUGGCUGGGAUUCUAGUGAAGCAUGGCAUCAACAUGAUGUUCAAGAAUUAUGUAGAGUAAUGUUUGAUGCCCUUGAACAAGAAUUUAAAAAUACUACUCAUGUUGAUCUCAUAAACCAGCUUUAUCAAGGUAAAAUGAUUGAUUAUGUGAAAUGUCAAGAAUGUGGAAUUGAAAAAUCAAGAGAAGAUACAUUUUUGGACAUACCUCUUCCUAUACGUCCAUUUGGGAGUACUAAUGCCUAUGGAUGUAUAAUGGAGGCACUGCAAGGAUUCACCCAGCCAGAAACAUUAGAUGGCAAUAAUCAAUAUUUUUGUGAACGUUGUAAUAAAAAAUGUAAUGCUCAUAAAGGUUUAAAAUUUAGCAAGUUUCCAUACAUUAUGACAUUACAUUUAAUGCGUUUUGAUUUUGAUUACAACACUAUGUAUCGUAUUAAAUUAAAUGACAGAGUUGUAUUUCCUCUAAAACUUAAUUUAAACAGUUUUAUAUCAAAUAAUAAAAAUAGUAUGGACAAAGAGGAAGCACUUUCGGAAGGAUUUCCUGAAGAAUUGUUUGGAUCUAGCAGUAAGUGUGAUGAUAGUAGUUACACUGGCACUGACAGUUCAUCGGCAUUAGAUGAAAUUGAUCAGGACGAAGAUGAAGGUAUUGACCUUAGCCAACAUAAGCAUGAGGAUAAACGUGGAGGAGACAUGAACUCCGAAAAUGAAUUAAUUGGGCCAUAUAUGUAUGAACUUUACGCCAUCAUGAUACAUUCUGGUAGUGCAUCAGGAGGACAUUAUUAUGCAUAUAUUAAAGAUUUAAAAACUGAUCAAUGGUUCUGUUUUAAUGAUCAGUCUGUAACAAUGAUUACAAUGGAUGAUAUUGAAAGAAGUUUUGGUGGAGGUCCUGUACGAGGAGGAUAUUAUUCUGGCCAAUUCACUUCUAGCACAAAUGCAUAUAUGCUCAUGUACCGACAAAUUGAUCAUAGAAGAAAUAAAAAUGCUAUGGAUCAAGAAGAAUUUCCACCACAUUUAAAAGAACUUCAUAAUUUAUUAGAGAGAAAAGCUGAAGAAGAUAGACAAAUGAGAGAAAGAGAAAGAGACAUGUACAAAGUACCUGUCCAUUUAGCUGAUUUUAUGGAGUGUGGUGUACGAAGCUGGCAAUUUGAAUGUAGCAGGACAACCACUGUUGAUGAUUUAAAAGCCAUGGUUGUUGAGCAUUUUAAAGUUACCAAACCAUGUCAGAUUGUUAUUUUUAAUAAAGUGGAACAAAAAGUUGUUGACAAUUUGGAGUACAAAAAUAGUUUGGUAUGUCACCUAAAAUAUUCCUCUCCAUGUGUUUUGUUACUUCAAAUGGUUGACUCAGAAGAUAAUGGAAGUUCAACAGCUACUCCAGGAUAUGUUAUUAUGAAAUUAUUUAUGAUAAACCUGGAUGACAAUGAAGAAGAUAUUGAUGUAAGUCAACCAGUUGAAAUUGAAAUUGAAGAAAACAAACAAAUAGGAGAUCUUAGUGAGUUACUUUACUCGCAAUAUGAUAUAUCCAGAGAAUCUGUGUUACAUUUUACUGUACAAAGCAGUUCAAAACCAUUAAUACUGGAAAAAAAUGUUCCAUGUUCCUCAAUUUUCACCAAUUAUGUAUUUGUAUUUAUUGAACGUCGUUCUAUUGGUCGAUCAGCCAUUAUGCAGAAGAUGAAAAAUAUAAUCGUACGAAGCGAUAAUACAAUUUUAUUACAGUUUGUCAUGCCAACUAAGGAUGCAGAAACUUUACAAAAAUUGAAUAAAUUGUACAAUAAAAAUUCAGUCAAUGACCAUAAUGAAGACUUGUCCAAGGAUUCAUUUGAAAAACAAAUCAUAGAAGUCAUAGAUGAAUGUGAGCUGUUAACUGAUGACAAUAAUUUAGUGCCACAUUCUGAUGAUAUGAUUAUUUUAGCCCCUGGCAAUGGAAGUGGCGACCAAAGUGAGGACAGUAGCAUAACAGACAGUGAAAGAACUAUCAAAGGGGAUGCUGUCGAAGAUUAUCAAAUGGAUUCUCCAGCAUUUGAACAUGACCCUAUAAAAGUGUAUGAAAAUGGUAGAUUAGAUGAGAAUUGGGAUGGAACAGAAGAUGACGAUGAUAAUGAUAAUGAAUUCCAGUUAAAUGAAAAAUAUUUUUUCAAAGCAGCCAAAAAAGAUGAUGGAAAACUAUAUGCUUAUGUUGAUAAACGUAUGACUGUCAAUGAACUUAAAAAUCAUUUAGUGCCAUACAUUCACAUACCAUCAAAUUUCAUUAUUUUAAAUCGCUAUAAGUCUGACACAAAUCUUAUAAUGGAAGAACUAGCAUUGCCCAGCAGUUCUUUAGAAGAUUUAAACUAUUCUGACACAAUUCAAAUCUCAAUAGGUCAAGCAUUAUGUGAUGGUGAAUAUCGUGGUACUAUAUUUUGGCCUGAACCUUUGGAUCAAACUCAAACGGUUAUGAAAAAAAUGUUCGAUUGGAUUAUUACGGUGGGAACUUCAGUUUUAGAUACCAAAAAAGAGUUAUUAACAAAGUUGAAAAUAACACAGAACAUCGACAUUCCGUUAGAGAGGUGUCGUUUACGUAAGAAAAAAGAAGAUGCACUAAUGCGAUGUUAUUUUAAUGAAGAAAUCUGGAAUGAAGAUAUUGGCCAAGGUUGGGAGAUGGUCAUAUUGGAUUUAAAAGAUCGCUGUGAAUUAGAACUGAAUAAAACCAAACGACUUCUGUUUGUCAAUCACGUAGAAGAACAUGGUUUGCAACAACGUUUGAUUAGUGAAAUGGAAUUUGUUGUUGACAUAGCAUCCACAACAUCUGCUAAUACACAACUUGCUACUGAAAUAUCUAAAAAACUGAAUAUACCCGAAGAUAAAUUAGAAUUAGGUUACAUGUACGGUCACUCUACUGAUAUAAUUUGGAAAACUAGUGUGUCUAAUUGGUCAUUUAGUUUAUCUGAUGACAAUACCAUUCUAUUUUGCAGAAAUGGUUGUAUUGAUUUGACCAAUAAAGAAACCCCAAACAAGUGGCAAAGAGCAAAACGCAAAGAGCAUUCUUUAAGAAUACAAACCGUCAAUAAUGAUUAAAUAUUCAUUAAGUGUUGGGUAAAUUUUAAAUUAUUUAUUUUGUAAACAUAAAUUGAAGGAGGUAAAAUCACUUACAAAUACUUAUUUUGAUCUGUCUUUUAAAAAAUAAAAUAUUUUCUACAACCUCUAA